UUCAAAUCUUCCUUCGUUUCUUUUUAACAAUGCGGAGUCUUUCUAUUCUUGUGUUCUUGAUGUUGUGCAAUGUCGCUGUUUCUACAUUUAAGCUGAGUAACAGAAAGAUUGCAAAGGAGUAUCGAGAGGCUUUAAAAAAGUUCAACACAGCCCCUCAAAAUGUUCCACAGUUCCAGAAAAUGAAUCUGCCCGAUACAACUAUUGGCCCUGACAAAGCUGCUCGUCGAUCUAGCUACAAGAACUUCAAGAAGUACUCUGAACUUGUAAACGAGAUAAAUCACGACGAUACGUUCUCCUUCACUGCAGAAAUCAACAAGUUUAGCAUAGAGUCAGAGAGUGACUUGAAUACCCACUUUGGGAUGAACAUGAGUGCAAGCUUUGACGACGAAAUGUUUGAGAACGACACGGACUUUGAAUUUGAGCCACAAGACGAAGCUGUCGAGAAAAGAGAUGCAGUGGAAUUACCGGAGAGUAUUAACUGGAGUUACACCAUGUCAGAGCCUGAACAUCAGAGAAAGUGUGGCAGCUGUUGGGCCUUCAGCGCGAUCUCUUCCGUCGAGUCAGCGUACUACAGAGCAACAGGACUGAGGAAGAAGUUCAGCUACCAAGAACUAGUGGACUGCGUGUUCGAAGAAAAAAGAUGGGGUAAUGGCUGUAAGGGGGCUUCCAUCAACACGGGGUUCCUCUGGGUGACCAGGCAGAAACGUCUAGCGUCACGUGAGGACUACAAAUAUGUGGCUAAAGACGGUGAAUGUAAAAAAAACACGACUUUGAACAGUUAUAUAAAUGUAGGCCUGAAACGAUUGUAUCGCGUCCCUAAAACUGAAUCAGCUUUGCUGCAAGCAGUGGUCGAGGGGGUAGUCAGUGUGGGAGUCAAGGGUGGACGGUCCCUUCUAGCUUACAAAUCAGGGAUUUAUUACGACCGCUACUUGUGUAGGGCCACCGCAUAUCCUAACCACGCUGUUAACCUAGUCGGAUACGGAGAGGAGGGAGGUAAGAAGUACUGGCUGAUCAGGAACAGUUGGGGCAAAGACUGGGGCGAGGGAGGCUACUAUCGUAUGACACGUGACCAUAAAAACCACUGCAAGAUACACGAGACGGCACUCAGACUCGACAUACAGUGCUACAACAGGAAGCAGUGCGAGGAACAGAAGAAAGUUAAUGAACUUAAGAAGCAGAUCGAGACAGAGCUUGUUUAAUGUUAGAAAUUGUUACUUAGUAAGGGUCUGUCGGAUAUUGAGAGAUCAGUUUUUAAAAAUAACUUUUAAUCCUUUUUAUUUACUGUGAUUACGUGUUUUAUAAAUGGAUAUAGUUUGAAUCACGGUGGUCUUCAGUCUUAGCUCAACAGUUAUAAAGCAUUGAAUAUACGUGUAAAUUUCUGCUGAUUACUAAUUUUAAACUGUAUAAACAUCUUGAAUAUGUUG